GGCAAUUUGCUCAAGCGUCAAAGUCGAACGUGGACGGAGCAUGUAAAAGUGGGAAAAGAGGGGAAAAAAAGAUGUAAAAAGGAAAAUAGAGAAAGGGAAAUGCGUUGUGACUUGUGAGUAGUGCGAAUGAGUAAUGGCGCAAAAACGAAUAAAUGAAGCUGACGAGGAAGAGCAGAGCGAAGCAGCCAAUUGCCGAGACUUGGUUGUUGCUUUUCCCGAGAUUCCCAAUUUACAGCGAAGCCGUUACUCAUCUCUUCACUCUUGCUUCUCUCGACAUUUUGUAUUUGUUCGGCGCCACUCUUCUAGACUUCCUUUAUAAAAAUAACUAGAACCCUAAUCAUCUCUUUCCAUAUUCUAUUCUGAGACCUCCAGGGUCCAAUCACUAAACUCCUCUCUCCUCAUGGCGGAUCACGGUCCUAAAACCAAUAUCUCCUUCGCUGGAACCUUCGCUAGUAGCGCUUUCGCUGCUUGUUUCGCUGAGAUCUGUACAAUUCCUUUGGAUACUGCUAAAGUUAGGCUUCAGCUCCAAAAGAAAGCUGUUGCAGGAGAUGGAGUGGCCUUACCAAAAUAUAGGGGUCUGCUAGGUACAGUUGGUACCAUCGCUAGGGAAGAAGGCAUGUCAGCACUCUGGAAGGGCAUUGUACCAGGAUUACAUCGUCAAUGCCUUUUUGGAGGCUUAAGAAUUGGGAUGUAUGAGCCUGUGAAGGCCUUCUAUGUGGGUAAGGAUCAUGUUGGAGAUGUUCCUUUAUCCAAGAAAAUACUUGCUGCACUAACAACUGGUGGUCUAGCGAUUACAAUUGCCAAUCCAACGGACCUUGUGAAAGUUCGACUUCAAUCUGAAGGAAAAUUGCCACCUGGUGUGCCAAGACGCUAUUCCGGAUCAUUGAAUGCUUAUUCUACAAUAGUGAGACAGGAGGGAGUUGGGGCUCUGUGGACUGGGCUUGGACCGAAUGUAGCGAGAAAUGCUAUUAUAAAUGCUGCUGAACUAGCCAGUUAUGAUCAAGUGAAGCAGACGAUUUUGAAAAUUCCAGGGUUCAAAGAUAAUGUUUUGACUCAUCUCUUAGCUGGUUUGGGAGCGGGUUUUUUCGCAGUCUGUAUUGGCUCCCCAGUUGAUGUGGUUAAGUCAAGGAUGAUGGGAGAUUCCACAUACAAAAAUACACUGGAUUGUUUUGUCAAGACUUUGAGGAAUGAUGGGCCUCUUGCCUUCUACAAGGGUUUUAUACCAAAUUUUGGACGGCUGGGAUCUUGGAACGUCAUCAUGUUUCUGACCUUGGAACAGGCUAAGAAGUUCGUCCAACGCAUAGAGUCGUCAUGAGUUUUUAAAGAGAGCUGACAAUCAAGGUGGUAGCGAAUAAAUUUUGCAUGGGAUUGCAUCGAUACUAUUAAACGUCGUUUAGAGAAAAAUAAAGAACCCAAAUUGUUUCUGUUUUAAUUGUAUUUGUUGAUUAGGCGAGCUGCAAGGGAAGCAAUUAGAAUGAUCUUUUGCAAACUGAGAAUCUUCACUUUCGCUUCUUAUUUUUUACUGGGGCAUGGUUGUUGGGAACAUGUUUCCUUUUCUGGGUUAUUCACCACACUAUUUCUUCAUGGAGCCUCUGCAACUGUGUUGGUAUGUUCUCUGGGGAUUGAUUGAUAGUGGUCCCCUCCAUUAUAAAAAGAAGGAAAAGAGACUUGAUUAGCAACCUUGAGAGGUGAGUUUCAAA